CAGUACGUACUACGGGUGCGCCGACGACGGUCAGAGGACGUUUCCCCGGUGCACGGUGGUGUGGUGCGGUUCUAUCGUCGGCUCGGAAAACGCACGCGCGCGUUUACCCGCGCCAUGCCGUCGUGCCGGCAGCUCGCGACGAGCGACCACGUAUUACCACGCGCGAGCGAAUGCCGGCGCGCCGAGUCGCCCGCGACGAGAUGAUCCGGCCAGUGGUGAUGCUGCUGCUGCUGCUGCCUCUUCUGCCGACCGCAUCGACGUGAACGUUGCCGCGCGACGACGCGAUCCCCCGCGCGGCGAGGAGAUCAUCGAGCGAGGCUACCGGAGCACGGAGCGGCCGACACCCUCGGACGCGCAUCGUGUGUCAAGAAACGAGACGAGAAGGGAAACGUCGCCCGGCGACGUCGUCCGAACGCCGUGCGUUAUUGGAUUAUGCCCGUCGCGGGAUCUCGAGUGUUCGCACGGCCGCGCGCGAUCCGUCGGCUCGCGGAUCAGCGGCAACGUCGUCGUCGUCGCACGGGAGUAAUGUGACCCGUCGCCCGAAAACAGUGCGCCGAAAACGUGUAGAUAGUUUCUUUUUGGGGAGGGGGCGGAUAAAUAUCUCCCUCGUCGGCCUCGUCGCGCCGCGUUCAAAACAACGCGCGAGCCCGGGGUUUCGUCACGCGCCAUCUCUCGGCCGUGCAAUCGGUGCGAAGUUGGCUGUCGUUUGAAAAUUUUCAAACGGCUCGCGAGAGAAGUCGCGCAGGUCGCGCGUGAAUCUUCGACAGUCUUCUUCGAGGCGUCCCAAGUUUCGCGAGUCUCACACGGUUCGGCAGUUCGGGUCGCGUGAAGGGGCGAGGAAAUUCGGAUCGGACACGCUAAACGCGUGUUCGCCGGCGCGAGCGGAAUCACGCACUGUUUGUGACAAUCGUGUUCAUUUGUGCCUCGCCACGAAUCUUCGGGAAGGAGUGCGAGAGAAGGCCAGGACUCGGACUCGGACCGUUGACCGUCGCGUCGGGCGAUCUUUCCGUCGCGUCGCCCCCCGGGAGUGCGAGUGCGUGCUGAACGAAUCGCGGAAAGGUGUGGAAAGUCUGUGAUAGGCGCCUGGAUUAAGCGAGGAGGCGCGAGGUGCAAAAAAACGGUUUCCGGGAGCGUCCACGGAGCUCAGGAGGAUUCGGUGACCGGAGCCGAACGGGCCAGUAUUCAUGCCAGUAUACCAAUCGAAUGCCGGUAGACCAAUAUAUUCGCCGUCACCGAUAGCCAAUUAAUAAGUUACUUAGAUAGAUCAAUUAGUAGUCAAUAAUAUUGUACCGGCGAAGAGAGGUCACGCCGGUUAAUCGCGACUGUAUAACGAAUUGGAAAUGCGAACGCGCAUUUUUUCCCGUACGCUCGCGUAAGCAAUAAGGAUCGCGUUUCGCGGGUAAACACGCACGCUUUAUCGCACUUCUAUCAACGACAAUAAUUUCUAACGCGCUGUUCCUCUGUCCGCGUCGUCGUCGAAUUCGACAGAGGCAGGUAAAAGAGAGAGAGAGAGAGAGAGAGAGAGAAAAAAAAGGGGAAAUCUCCAGUGUGCGUGAUCGCGUUAAUCGUGAAGUGAUAUUGGACUGUUUUUCGCGCGACUGUGGAGUGCGACGAAGGACAGUCUGCGACGCAGAAGUGGAUGCGGACACCACCCCGGCGAUCAUCACGGUGGCUGGAAACGCUGACUUACAUCGGGAGCGCCAACGUGCAAUCAAGGUUCAUGGUUUUCAUGGAGGAGAGCGAGCUCUCGAGCAAGCGGUGGGCCAGCGCGCCCCGCCGCCCGGACAGCCCCUGCGUUCUGGGGGCACCGACGUCUAGGGAGGCGGCGGGACCGCCGGUGCAGCUGGAACCAGUGGACUUGUCCGUGAAAACUCCCGUGGUGUUGCAGGUGCCACGGUACAGUCCGGCGGCGAUAAUUAACGCCGUCGCAAGAAGAGUACCGUCGCCCUCGACGACGCCCACGCCGCCGCCGCCGCCGCUCUGCGUAUCUACCG